AUGAAUAAUGGGGGCAGUUCUAAAGUGGGGUCCGCCUGUUAUUUUGAUCCAUCACAGGUUCACGGCGGGACCCAGAAGCUGGCUCUCCAGCUCCACCCGGACAAGCUCGUCCAGUCCGGCUUCUCCCAGGCCGAAGCCACCGCUCGGUUCCAAGAGCUGGCCCACGCCUACGAGGUCCUCUCCGACCCCAAAGAGCGUGCCUGGUACGAUUCCCACCGCUCCCAGAUUCUCUUCUCCGAUCCCAGUUCGACCACCAACUCCGCCGUCCCCGACCUAUUCUCCUUCUUCUCCAGCACUGCCUUCUCCGGCUACUCCAACUCCGGUCGUGGGUUCUACAAGGUCUACUCGGAUCUUUUUGGUAAAGUCUAUGCCAACGAGAUCGAUUUCGCCAGAAAAUUGGGUUUGGGGCUGGACUCGGUCCGCGAAGCUCCUGUCAUGGGGGAUCUGGAGAGUCCGUACGCGCAGGUGACUGCGUUCUACAACUAUUGGCUAGGGUUUUCCACGGUGAGGAAGAAGGAGGAAGAGAGGGAGAGGAAGAGAGCGUUGGAGAGGGAGAGAUUGGAGAAGCUUAGGGAUUACGUGGAGCCAGAUUCCUCCAAACAAGAGGUGGUCCAGUUGAUCAAGCGCUUCGGGGCUUAUCUCACCAUCAAGAUUUCCAAGCUCCUCCCGAUCUCCCUCCAAAACCUGGAUUCACGAUCUGUUGGGGCCAUUGCGGGGCUUGCUGUUGCAAUAGUCUUCACUUGGAGGCUUUUGAGAUCACCUAGUCAACCUCAAAGAAGGCAACCCAAACGGCAAGCUGGUACACCCAGUAGUUCGGGUGCCAAUACCAAUUCAAAUCCUGGUUGGAACCGACUGGCAUAUUGA